AUGUCCAAAGGCUCCAGCAUUAUUCGAAACCUUUCCAAUAAAAUCAGCUCUCGGACACUGCAAGUCACGGUCGUCCCGACACCCAUCAAAUUCUCCGAACGACGAGCUGUCUUGCAUGCGUUGCAGAAAUACACUCCCAUAGAGGUUUUCCGGAAGCUUGAUAAGCAUGAGGCGUCCUUCAUUUCCGUCACACGCCAUCGCUCCGGCGCCGAAUACCUCGUAAAGAAAAGCCCAUUCCAGUACCAGCUUGCUCCGGAGGAGAACACCUCUUCGGUCAGGACAUUCCUGACGACGACGCCCUCGAGCGAUCCGAUUUUGGAACAGGAGGCUACCGGUGCGGAGGACGAAAGCGAGGCGCAGCACCUGGGACCCGCCGGCAAGAAAAAGCAGUUUACGGUGCACAUCUUCCCAGCAGCUGAAUAUGUCCACUCGGCUGCCAUCCGCGCAUCACCUCUCCACGGGCCCUGGCCCGACGGGCGGCGCGACACGGCCAUGUUUUGCUCUUUGAAGCGAUCGCUCCCUUCCGACAUUGCUUCGGACGGGCUGUCGGACUGGGAGUCCGGCGGGCAGAGCGUGGACAUGGCGCGGAGCAAGAUGGUGGAGGACCUCUUGUUUGGGUCGAAGUCGCUGGACGUGGAAAAGAGGGCAAUUGCUGAGCGGCUGCUUCGUCAGAAACGGAAGAAGAGCAUGCCCGCUGUGAUGGACGGCUUACUUCACCUUCAGGAAUCGGCGGCCCAGGACCAACAGCAGUCGCUUCUUGGAAGUCCCAAGACGGACACGUUGGGGACUUGA